AACGCCAUGAGUAUACCCUUCUCCCUCACACAUCGAACUGCAAAAAACACCUCACUUGGCAAACAAUUUACGCGUUUGUGGGGUUUUACGCAAAAAUUGGGUAGAUUCUGUGUGUGAGCGAUCCACGGUUUGUUUCUGCCUUCUGUUUGCCUACGAGUGCGCGUACACAUUGUGAUAUUUUAGCGUUUAGGAGCGAAUCGGGCAAUAAAGUCGAUGAUUUUGGGGGUAGCGCAGCCAGCAGCAGUAGCAGCAGCAGUGUUCAUGCAAGUGUGGCAUAUAUGACGACGGUUCAAAGAAAUAGAAGCUGUUAAUAUUUUCGUUACCUCGGUGCAAGAUACUGUCCCUUUGUAGUGCGAGAAAGCUCCCCCGUGAGUUUCACAGUGCUGGUUGUCCGAUACGCGAAAGCCAGAGCUUACAUAAAUCUAUAAACCCGCACAUUCGGACAAUCUAGACAUCAGCCAGCAGAAAGUGUACAAAUUUUCCCUUUUGGGGACGUCCCGAUUAGAGUGGACCAGCGCAAACGGGGCGAUAAAAAGGGAUAAUCCAGACAUCCACCCCAUUGGUGCGGAGCGACGGGAAGUUGCGGGUACGGGAGCCUCGCCUAAAUAGGAAGAAAAUAUCCGACCAAGCAGCAUUAUACACGUGUGCGUGAAAGAGACAGAAACAGACUGUUCGAGAAGCAGCAGCAGCAGUAGCACCGAACCGGAAAAGAAACACAGCACCACUUCCAACCAACAGAACAGCACUAAGGAAAAAUACUAAAGAUUUUCUUUCGGUAAACACAAAGAUCCUACUGGGUUCAUAAUCCUUGGUUGGCCGUCUCGUAGAGCGACCCCGUCCAGAAAAUGUCCACGCCAGCCCGCAGACGUCUUAUGAGAGAUUUCAAAAGGCUUCAGGAAGAUCCACCUACCGGCGUGUCCGGUGCACCGACCGAUAACAAUAUUAUGAUUUGGAACGCUGUGAUUUUCGGACCACACGACACACCUUUCGAGGACGGUACGUUCAAGCUAACGAUAGAGUUUACCGAGGAGUAUCCCAAUAAGCCGCCUACGGUGAGGUUUGUGUCGAAGAUGUUCCAUCCAAAUGUGUACGCGGAUGGCGGUAUCUGUCUGGACAUUUUGCAGAAUAGAUGGAGCCCUACAUACGAUGUGUCAGCUAUACUAACAUCCAUUCAGUCUUUAUUGAGUGAUCCAAAUCCAAACUCACCGGCCAAUUCUAUGGCAGCGCAGCUCUACAAAGAAAAUCGCCGGGAGUACGAAAAACGAGUGAAAGCCUGCGUCGAGCAAAGCUUUAUCGACUAGCCCCGUUCCCAUUGCUGUCUUUGUCCUCUUCGUCUUCGCUAUCGUGUCCAUCAUUGUCCUGAUCGUGUCGCCUUCCGUUUUGAACCGGUGUUCCGAGAUCAUCAGCCCCGCUGCUGUACGCCAUGCGAUGUCAGUGCUGUGGAUCGUAAAGUGGGUACUUUAGUGGAUCUCUCCCUGAAAACCGCUCACAGUUUGUGGCUCCUUACACCGACGAUGAUGUUUCGGUAACUUUUCUUUGGCAGUAGAUCACGUUUCUUCUCCGACAGUGCUGUCCUGAAAAACGCAUUCUCUUGUCCUACGAUGUCAUAAGUCAUUGCAUGUGUAACGAAGCAAAAAAGAUAGAGAGAGAGAGAGAGAGAGAGAGAGAGAGAGAGAGAGAGAGA